CGAAAAACCGGAUUUGUGGAAUUUCGAAUGUGUAUUGAAUGGUAUAUAUCAUGUUCUAUUCUUUAUCUUUGAAAGCAGGUUAAUGAAUUCUGACCCAAUUAAACUGGAUAAUUUGACGUGGAUUUUAUAUACAGGUUGAAUUUUUAUAAAGAGGAGAUACUGUGAAAAGGGAGUUUUCUGAAUUAAGGAUUUAUAAAGUCCGUUACCAUGGCGGAUACGGACUCCAUCGAGCGCGGGUUCCAGCGGCUGUCCUCCAUCUUCCGGCCGCCGGUUCUGGACUCCCACAAAUGUUACCGGUGCAAGGAUACUGUGUACCAUGCGGAAAAAAUGGGACCCGUCCACGAGGUUGUGUACCACAAGGGCUGCUUCCGGUGUGUCGUCUGCGACAAUAAUCUUACAAUGAAGAAUUAUUUUACGAGUCAAGUAGAUGCAAACGAUCGUGACUUGUAUUGUAUAAACCACUAUCCACGCGUCGGGGCGGCGCGCUACGGCAAGGGUGCCAUUGGGAUCAGCGGCGCCGUCCGCGCACAGGAGAACUUCCGGAAGAUGUCAAAGAAGUUGGACCAGCAGGUGCGCAAACCGGGAACGGUGCGUAUUCCCUCCUACGACGCAAGUGCGAUCGCGAUCAAACGUAUAUUGACGUCGCCGAAAGCAGCGGAAUACACGGCAGCCGUCAACAUUCAGGCGAACGUCAGCUUGCCGCCGGACGCCAUGGGGAUCAAGGGGCCGAUAGCGGCACAGAAGAUGCAGCAUCAAGUCAAGGCUAGCCAGGCGGGGCACAUGUACCAGCCUAAGUACAAGAAGAAGCUGACGGAGGCGCAGGAAAGGUUGGAAUUCGAACACCGGAAGGAGGAAGAUGCGCUGCUCCAGAAUUUUCAGAUGGAACGAGAGAGGGAAAAACAAAAGUUAGCAGACGAGAUUAACAAAGAAUGGGAGGUGAAGCUGAAAGAACUCACUGAGAUGUUCGAGAGAGACAUGCAGAAGAAGAAGAAAAAGAUAGAUGAUAGGGAGAAAAAGAUGAUGACAGUUCAGUUUGAGAGCCAGAAGCGGGAAUUGGAGAAGUCCCUUCGAGUGAAGAAGGACAAAAAGAAGGAAACGAUGACGAUAAGAAUGAAGCAGAAACAGCAGUCGUUGACGUCACAUAUGGUGACGAAACAAAGCGAGCAGAUGUUGGACCUGCUCGCGCAGAAAAAGCAAGAUUUGAGGAAAGAGUUGGAAAAGGAACUGGAGGCACAGCCGCCUACAAUGGUGGACCCACAAAAUGAAGAAAUUGUUAAAGAAAUCAUAGAAACAAUGGAAGUCCUAGAGCAGCCGAAAAAAUCCGAGCUUCCUGCACCCCACCCACCUGCGUGCAGGAAGACCGAAAUCUACACGGACCCUAAUGUGUUUGAUGAAUUGGACGAUAAAGUCAUUCAGGUUGCACAAGACGACCAGAUGACGUACACAGACCUUGUCUCCCAGCUGACUGAUGGUCUUCUUACUGAUUUGGAAAAAGUCAGGGCGAUAUUCCGAUGGGUGACGGUCAAGGACCUGAAUGUAAUGGACUUUACCGAAUCUGUGGACACCGACACGCCCCUGGGACUCCUGCGGGGAAUCAAGUUCGGCACCGAGACUUACCACGUGCUUUUUAUGAGGCUUUGCAGUUACGCGGGCCUUCACUGUGUGGAGAUCAAGGGCCACUCGAAGAGUGUCGGGUAUGAGCCGGGCAUGAAGAUCCAGCCGGAGAUGUUUCAGAACACCUGGAACGCUGUCCUUAUUGACGGCGAUUGGAGGCUCGUCCAGUGCAACUGGGGUGCAAGACAUCUCGUCCUAAACAAAGACCGGAAGCGUGGCGCGCCGAAUGACAAGCCGCAGGAAAAUGGCGUCAAAAAUGGCGGCGGAAAAGACAAGGAAAAAGGCGACGACAAGUCCUCAAAAUCCAAGGACAAAAUCCGCUAUCAGUACGAUGAACACUACUUCUUGACCGACCCAGAUGAAUUUAUUCAAGAAUUCUGGCCGAACGACUCCAAAUGGCAACUCCUUGAAGUUGCAAUAACACGGGAUGAGUUUGAGGCACUUCCGUUUGUCCGGUCCGUGUUCUUUCAUUUCGGUAUGCGGUUUGACAAAACCAUGGGUUCAGUUAUUGACACGAACGAGCGCGGCGGUGCCGAUAUUAGAAUUCGCAUUCCAGAAAAAUAUGAAAACGAUUUAGUGUUUUACUAUCAGCUGAGAUUUGCUGAUACGGAACGGAAACUUGAAGCGACGUAUCGUGGUGCAAAUUUAGAACGUUUCGUGUUCCAGACGACCAUGGACAAUACAGCCAUGUUUAGCAUUCAUGUUCCUACGACGGGCGAAUACUAUUUUGAAAUAUUCGCUAACAAGAUCGACGAAUCUAACAAAAUCGGUGCUGUGGAGGACACCAUUUCACCAUUUAGACUCAAAUGUGCGUGUAAGUUUAAAAUCCGCUGCAAAACUCUGAAGGGCAAAAUGCACCCACUUCCGGAUUGCGCCGCCGGUGAAUGGGGCCCCAAGAAGGCCGUCAGACAUUUUGGCCUGCAACCAGUCGUAACGGAACCCUCAGACACCUCAUCAGACAGCGGAAGUACCUCAAGCAAUGAUUCCCCUGAAAAUCCAAAAGCCGGUAUCCUAAAUGUCGAAGACUCCAUCAGCUUAAAAUUCCGAAUGCCUAUGCAGUUACAGUUUGUGGCUAAACUCAAAAUGAACAAUGUCGAACAAAAAUCACUUGAUCCAUUUGUGUACCAUUCCGUUGAAAACAAUGUUCUAACCAUUACUGCAACGAUGCCACAGUUAGGACAAUACGGCCUUGACCUUUACGCUAAGCCAAGAAGCUCUGAGGCGAAAACGCUUUCGCACGCUUGCAAGUACCUGUUGAAUGCAGUGAAGGUUUCACAUCCAGUAGAACUACAAAAAAUCAACCGAUCAUUUGCACGAAGAGGUACAAUAGGACCUGCGCCAUCAUUCGAAGAAAUGGGCAUUAAACUGAAAUCUCACACGGAUCCACAAAUAACAAUGGAAGAAAAUGAUCAUGAAACGUGCAUUGAGAUUGAAGUACCAGAAGAUAUUGAAGUCUCCUGUCAAUUAAUGCGUGAGCCGGACGAGGAGCACAAUGAGUACGUCAAAACGAUUCGAGAUGAUAAAGAUCGUCGCUUUGUUAAAUUCAAAAUAGAUCUUGCUAAACAUGGGAACUAUUUGUUCUGUAUUUAUGCGCGGCGCCUGCGCAGUGAUGGGGGUACCCCGAACGUGUUUAAUUACGUCAUUGCGCACAAGAAGAAAAACCCGUUGUUUGCGCAGCAAAACGCUGUACCGGAACAAGUCACGUUUGAAGAGAAAAAGACGGGUGGGCUGCUACGGAAAUCUAUUUUUGGAAGCAAGAAAAAGGAUAAAGACAAGAAGAAAUGAAAAAAAGUUGUUUUAUAUGAUAACAAUUUCACAACAGAUGAGACUAAACAUUCUUGCACUUUAGAGCGUCCAGUGAAAAAAGUGUAUAAAUAAGUUCAUUUUUCAAACGGUAUAUGGGCAUAAGUGCAUGGAUAAUUUUCAUUAACUAUUUUGUUUCUGGUGUGUUGUUUACUUAAAUAACAUGUGUUCAGAUUCUUGGGUUCAAAAGCAAUCAGGCUUAAAUUUACGGCGGUUUAUCAAAACUUUGUUUUCGUUUUUGUGUUUUUGCUACUUGUGUUUUGUUUGGUUUUGUUCAAGUAAUUUUAUGCAAUGGUCAGUUUAAGCUAUAAAUGAUAUUAAAUGCAACACGCUUAUUUCAUCGCCAUUGAUGUAUGCAUUUUCAUUAUCUACUUAUCAUUGUUUAUCAACACAAAAAUACUCCGGUACCAAACCAAUGUAUCCAUUCUAAACACAUGAAGUGUAUGCUUUCCUUUCCACAUAUUGUCAACACAGCAUUUUGUUUAUUACAUAUAUUACAUAUGAUUCGAAUAUGUUUUUUUUUCGUUCUUUAUUGGUGGCAUUGUAUGAAUGCUUAUGUUUACCUAAGAAAACUAUAUGACCGAGGUUAAAGUAUAACUGGACGGAAUAGGUAAAUUAAAGUGUGUGGUAAGAAGUUGAAAAACUAAAUGAUAUGUCAAGGACUGAGUGACUGUGUGAGUGAGUGGGUUUGUGUCUGGGUGAGUGAAUAAAGAAAUCAAUUCUGAAUGGAUUAAUAAUAAUUGUACUAAUGGAGUAGUAAAUGAAUGAAUGGAUUGAAUGAAUGGAUUAAAUGAAUAAAUCGAUUGAUUGACUGAUUAAUUGAUUUAUUGAUUGAUGAAUGAACAACGGACUAGUGUGUCAGAGAUAAAUAAAAGUGACUAUUAACUAUUACCGAUACAAAAACAUUGGGAUUGGAUUGUUAAGGGUUAUUUUACUCCUGUCUUAUUAAGCAAUGGUGAAAUUAUAUGAUGCUAGGUAUGGUUAUAAAUCACUUACACAUUUUGUUCGAAAAGCUCGACAUGGAAGUACAAGUUACAAUUAUAGACUAUAAGCACGCCCUAACAGGUCAGGCAAGUUGUUCAACCGUGCUCCAAUGGGGUAUAUUUUGUUUAUGUGUAAGGCUUUGUGCUAAAUUUAGAUAUUAGAGAAAUAAGAUCUGAUUAAAUCUUGUGUUUGUAUUUAUUGCUUAUAUUUACAGAGAUGUAUUGUGUAAUCAAAAUAUUUAUAUUUUCAGUA